GCGGGCGUGGCCAAGCGUCAAUGUUUAUGUAGCCCACCGUCCGUGGAUAUAACCGCACCAAGGACUCGCGCAAUGUGAUUUCCCCCCUGACGUUGAUUUGCUGUCGUUUGAUUUCACCCGCUUUCUCCACCGCGUUGUGCCGCAACUUUUCAACAUGGGGGACCACUAGCAGGGGAAAGACGGAGGACACGGAGGGAAACGCCGGGAUGGCGGGCGCCUUCGGCCUCAAAGGCUGCCAGAAAAUCCGCGGUCCGCAGAUCCGGAGUCUGCUGGAGGCGAAGGACUUCUUCCUCUUCGACUGCGACGGGGUCUUGUGGCACGGCGAGCAGGCGAUCUCCGGCGCGGCGCAGGUGGUGAGCACGCUGAUCCGCCGCGGCAAGAACGUGGUGUUCGUCACCAACAACUCCACCAGGCCGCGGGAGAACUACGUGCACAAGUUCUGCCGCCUGGGCUUCACCGACGUGAUGCUGGAGCAGAUCUUCAGCUCGUCGUACUGCUCCGCGCUCUACCUGAGGGACGUCGUCAAGGUCCGCGGCCAGGUGUUCGUCAUCGGCUGCGACGGCCUGCGCACGGAGCUGCAGGACGCGGGCGUCCCCUGCGUGGAGGAGGCGGCGGACGAGCCGGACGCCACCAUCUACGACUGCGCCCUGGCCCCGGACGUCAAGGCGGUGCUGGUGGGAUACGACGACAAAAUGACUUUUCUCAAACUGGCCAAAGCCUCGUGCUACCUGAGGGAUCCGCAGUGUCUGUUCCUGGCCACCGACAACGACCCCUGGCACCCGCUGUCCAGUGGAAGGAUCCUGCCAGGUUCUGGGUCCCUCACUGCGGCGCUGGAGGUGGCCUCAGGCCGAAAGGUCACAGUGAUUGGCAAACCCAGCCGCUUCAUGUUCGAGUGCAUCUCCAGCCAGUUCCGGGGGGUGGACCCCGCCCAGUGCCUGAUGGUCGGGGAUCGCUUGGAGACCGACAUGCUGUUCGGGUCCAACUGCGGCCUGGACACCAUGCUCACCCUCACCGGCGUGUCUCAGAUCGAGGAGGCCCAGGAGUACCGAAACAGCGAGCUGACCACCAACCACAGCUUUGUGCCCGACUACGUGGUGGACACCAUCGCCGAUUUCUUACCCGCUUUUGAGGAACUGGACGAACAGAGCAACUGAUGUGUCCUUUAGCCUCCGGUGCGCCGCACAGAUUGCAUCCACUACAUCUCAAGUGCAAUGUUUAGUUCCAAUCCAAAAUAAUCAAUCAUCCAACCAAGGCGCUGUUUAUCCCGUGACCAAGACAUGCGUAAGGCCAGAAUCUUCUCCUGAAAAUAAUCUCUGUAAUCCAGUGCAUACUUGAGUGUUUCUCAUAGUGUUGUGCCCAUUUGUGACUUGACGGUUCCUUGUUGCUGUGUUUGUUAAUAUACAAAUAUACUGCACUUUCUUGUUCAUAGAUCGUGUUUGAUAUCGGGGGUUUGAACAUCCAGAAGUAUUUUUGUAAAGCCAUGAAUUGUUCUCUGAUGGCAUUCAUGUGUUUAGGAGCUGGUUCUUUAUUUUCGACAUGUACUUAUUAGCACAGAUUUGUCUCCUCAUACGUGUUUGCCUGGCUGUGACUUCUCCUUGAUUCGGUCAUGACAAAGAGGAGAAAAUAAAGACCCGAGUGGGCCUUUCUCUCAGCUCUGGUGGAAACUGAAGUGACAAUCUGCCAGUGAAGACACGUGAAGUGUAUUUUCUCUGUUGGCCCGUCAUGUCUGAGCUACUUUUUGCCAAUAUUCAUCCGAGUAAUAAACGGCUCACCGAACCUCAUAGUUAGCAAACCUGUGGCACAUCGUCGGUGGCCGGUCAUACUGCACUGUUGUGAAUUUCAAUGUUGUUAAUGUUAACCAUAGAGCGCAUGCCAGCAACGGUAACGAUAAUAAAUAAAGUUAAUUCUGAA